CAUACUCCUAGCCCCUUCUUUCUCUCAAACAAACAAAAUGAAGAACAACUUCAUUUCACAUAGUUUUUCUUUUCUUCUUUUUGUAGUGGCAAAUUUAGUACUCAUCGUAACAAAUGGCAGGUGUAAGGAGUUAUCCAGUGUGGAACGGCGCAUAAAUGACAAAGUAAAAAAAGGAAUGAUUGACGGCUGUGAUAUCUUCCAAGGAAGUUGGGUUUAUGAUACAUCAUACCCUCUUUAUGAUGCAAGAAAUUGUCCUUUUAUUGGAGGAGGAUUUGAUUGCCAGAAGAAUGGAAGGCCUGAUAUAGAUUAUCUUAAGUAUAGAUGGCAACCUAAUCAUUGUGAUCUUCACAGGUUCAAUGGAAGUGCUCUUCUUGAGAAAUGGAGAGGCAAAAAGAUUAUGUUCGUUGGGGACUCUUUAAGCUUUAAUCAAUGGGAAUCAUUGACUUGUAUGCUUCAUUCCGCGGUGCCUCAAUCUAAAUACUCUCUUGUUAGUAAAGGCACGCUCUCCAUAUUUUCAUUUCUGGAAUAUAAGGCUUCGAUCAUGAUGUUGAAAAAUGGCUUUCUAGUAGAGGUUCUGAAUGAAAAUUUUGGACGAGUACUCAAGCUAGAUUCUAUCAGUGCCGGCUCUAUGUCUACCUGGCCAAUAGCUGAUACACUGAUUUUCAACUCUUACCAUUGGUGGACUCAUAGAUGGGAUUAUUUCAUGCUUGGAGGUAAGAUUAUCAAAGGCAUGGACCAUCUGAAAGCGUACGAAAUUGCAAUGACAACAUGGGCCAACUGGGUUGAUGCUAAUAUCGACCCUAAAAAGACUCAAGUUUUCUUCCAAGGAGCUUCAGCUGCUCAUCUAAAUGGAAGCGAAUGGGGAGAACCAACGGCAAGAUUUUGUCGGCACGAAGUUGAGCCAGUGAAAGAUCCAAUUUACGCAGGUGGUCGUCAUCCGAGUGAAUUGAUCGUAAAGAACGUACUAAACCAAAUGGAGAAAGACGUUAAUUUGCUUGACAUUACCCUUCUCACCCAGUUAAGAAAAGAUGGACAUCCUUCUAUUUAUGCUAGUGGUGAUCAAAAAUUACUUGAUUGUAGUCAUUGGUGUCUUCCUGGUGUUCCAGAUGCUUGGAAUCAACUUCUGUUUUCGAUAUUGUUCGAACAAUAGAUUGACAAAACUUAUAC